AUGACAGUGAGAGUACGCACCAACGGUACCGGACAGACAGGACAGGACAUGGGAGGAUAUGCCGAGGAUAGCGCCGGUCUGCGGAAGGGCGCGGAAGGUUGCGUGCGUCGCGGAAGAGCGCGGAAGGUCGCGCGUGUUGCGCGCGACUCUAUUGGACUGCGCCUACAUGAGGAUAGUGAUGAGGUCGAUGUAUAUAUCAGGGGAUACGAGCCUGUAGGGAUAUUACUCCCUACAGCGCCAACAGAACAGCGCCAACAGAACAACGGCAACAAUAUAUGUGUUCACCGUGUUCCUGCACCGGACUCUCCAUCUUCAAACGCCGAGAGGAGGCUUGAAGGCGAUCCUUCCAUAUACUACAUCCCAGCAAUAUUAAGUGCAGCGGUGCUUCCUACCUUCGUGGCCCUGCAUGAAUGGUACAACCUUCAUGACAUUCUUGGGGAACAUGCGGCCUUCCUCACUCAUCACCAUCUCCACUUUUUUUUCUUCAAGUGGUCACUAGGAUCAUAUGUUCAUAACAAACUGCUGCAGGAGCUUGAUUUUGACGGCUCUCCAUCUAUGAUUCUUGAUUUCGGGUGUGGGUGCGGUCUUUGGGCUAUUGAGGCCGCUAGGCAAUGGCAGGUAGCAUACUCAGGCUCUCACCACGAGGACGUGCUCACUCUCCUCCUUCCUGCGGUCGUGGACGACGUCAUUUUGAUGCGGAAACGGGAGAUUACGAGUGCUAUCUUGGAGACGCUGAUGGAGAGGGAUGACAAGGAGUUAGAUAAAAAGUGGGGACGAUUCAUGUGGUUGGGGUUGGCACUGCUCUACAUCGUGUGGUCCUUCAUUACCACCGGGAACGUCCUGCGGGUGCAGAUAUUGCUGUAUUUCUGUGGCGAGCACCUGGAUGCCCUCAAGGAGAGGGAGGAAGCUGAGAGCGCAGAGAGGAAGAAGUAUGAGACCAAGGAUGAGAAGAAAGUGGAGAAGAAAGUGGAGAAGAAACCCGACGAUACUUUCCAACUGUUGACCAUUCUUGGUAUUGCAAUUAUUGCAAUGGGAGAGGAUCUCGGUGUAGAGACGUCCAUGCAGUUCAACCACUUGAUGCACUACGGCGAUCCCAUCAUCCGCAAAUCUGUCCCUCUUGAUCUCGGCCUCAUAAGCGCCUCAAACUCACACCUCCCUGUCCUCGACAUGCUUUCAAAAUGCAGUCAUAACCACGACCUUGCAGUCGCACUUAACGCCAUCUUUGCCAUGGGCCUUGUCGGCGCAGGCACAAACAAUGCGCGACUCGCACAGAUGCUCAACCAGCUCGUGGAGUGCAAGCACCACUGA